AUGCCGACAACAUAUACAGCUCAUCUUCAACGUCAACAGUAUUGUUUUAUUAUUUUCAAUAAUCCAAGAUGGUCUCAAAUUGUUAAAAACAAAUCAUCGAAUACACCAAGAGAACAUGCUGCUGCAACAGUCAAACAAGAGCCAACACAACCAACAUGGGACUGGCCGACACAAAUGUUUAAAAAAAAUGAAACAUUUGAUUCAACGUUGGAUGAACAAUUCGUUGCUAAAUUACGACAACUCAUUGACGAAUAUAUGAAACAUACAACACGGCCAUUUCCAUUAAAAUAUUUUCUUGAUCUUACAGAACAAUGA